CACCGCCGCCAAUGUCGAGGAGUAGGCCGGCAAUGUCGCCCUCGAGGUCUGCAUCCGCCAUCGUCGCCGACAAAACGGAAGGGUACCACUUUCUCACAAUCCACGACUACUCCCGAACCAAGGGCAUCCCCACCGGCGAGGGGAUCGGUUCACAGCCCUUCACAGUCGGCGGCCACCGUUGGUGCAUCUACUAUUACCCCAACGGUGAUCGCUCGGAGGCUGCGGACUAUGUGUCCUUCUCCCUGGAACUAGAAGAAGAAGAUGGCGCGACGGCGGUGAAGGCCCAGUUCAGAUUCUGUUUCGCGGGCGAGGAGGAGGAGGCGAAGCAGGCGGCGUUGCUGGCGUUGGCAUCGGCGGACGAAUUCACCUCCAGGGGCCGCUGGGUGUGUACGAAGUUCAUCAACAGGAAGGUCCUGGAGAACUCCAAGCAUCUAAAGAACAACUCGUUCAUGGUCCGGUGCGACAUCCUUGUCAUACACAGGUACCGUUCCACGGACAACGCUGUGGCCUACGUCUCCGUGCCCCCAUGCGAUUCGUCCCAGGACUUUGGUGAGCUCCUCGAGACUGAGAAGGGCGCCGACGUGGUGUUCGAGGUUGGCGAUGAGACCGUCGCCGCACACCGUUGCGUGCUCGUGGCCCGCUCGCCGGUCUUCGCAGCUGAGCUCUUCGGACCAAUGAAGGAGGGCAAUGUUGCCGCUGCUGGCGUCGUGCGCUUGGAAGACAUGGAGAUGGAGGUGUUCAAGGCGCUGCUCCGUUACGCGUACACGAGCUCACUGUCACUGCAGGGGAUGGCGAACGACCACAUCACGUGCCGGAAAAUUCUCGUCGCGGCAGACAGGUAUGGCAUGGGGCGGCUGAAGCUAAUCUGUGAGGAGUGGAUCUGUGAGUGCAUUAACGUGGACACGGUCGUGACCAUCCUGGCGCUAGCCGAGCAGCACCAUUGUGAGGGACCAAAGCAGGCGUGCUUCGAUUUUCUUGCAGAUCCGGCGAAGCUCAGGGCGGUCAUGGUCACCAGCGGCUUCCAGCAUCUGUGGGAAAGCUGCCCUUCUCUUAUGAUGGAGCUCAUGGACAUGUGCUUGCCGCAUUAGGUGAGUGAUGGAUGAUGUCCAUGAGUGUUCCAGCAAUGGUGAAUCUGGGUUUCUAGACUAAUGCAGUAAUCAGGCAGCUGUUUUAGUUUAUCCGUGACAUUUCCUAUAGCUUGUUAAAGAUCGAGAUGAAAAAUUAGCCUCGUUUUGCCGACGUUUUGUCCGUUCAUUGCAUCUCCACAAUGUACUGUGCCAGUUAACCAUGACAUGCGUCAGAAUCAGAGGGCAUAGAAAAUGCUCAAGUUUUUUGGCAAUGGUAGCUCGUGGUCUUAUAUUGAACUUGCUUAAGCAUUCGGCGCUCCAUAGUUUCUGAAUCGUGUUUACUUAUAUGUUGUUAUUAUAUUUUUACUACUUCCUGUGGUACAUGA